CUACCAUAUUGUUGUAGCAGCACAUCAUUCCAAGUUACGUAUCAUACACAAGGGCUAUUUGGUCAUUACAUUUGGCCUUUCACUCCAAAGCUUUCUUCUUCCUCAAAGCUCUCACAACCGAAAAAGCUCAACUCAAAAAAAUCAGAGCCUCCAAUGGAGGGCUUCAUCUGCGCGUUUUUAACCCUUCGCAAUUAAGGUUCUAUUUUUCACUGAACCACUGCAGAUCCAUUUCUGCGGUUGAUAAAAUUAAAGUUAAAAACGACUCCGAAAAUUUGCACUUUCGAUUGCUUGAAGCAUGAGCAUUGUUCGCUCACAUGGACAAAGCUUUACAGACCAAGCCCUGCAGAUUUGGUGAUCGGAAAAACAGUGAUGUUGUUAUAUGCUUGAAGAAUAGAGAAGGUACACCGAAACGGUUCUAUUCCCACUCCUUGGUUCUGAUAAAUAGGAGCAAGUACUUCGCCAACCGGCUAUCUCACCCGAGCUCUAGUGAUUGCAUUAAUAUACAUUGCUCAGAGGUUAACUAUGAUCACCAUGUCAACCUGUUGAAGCUGCUUUAUCUUCCAGCAGACUCAAUUUUGGACUUGUUCGACUCUGUUAAAUCUGCACUUGGUAUUCUUCAGGUAGCAGUUGCCUUCCAGUGUGAAGAGAUUGUGCGCAGCUGCAUCCAGUACUUGGAAGCUGUUCCUUGGGAGGACAAAGAAGAGGAACUUAUUCUAAAAGCAGUUUCAAAAUUGGGUCCAAUAGCAAUGCCGAUAUUAGCCAGGAUCCAACCUGUUGAUUUAGCUGCCACCAAAAACGUUUUUGUAUCAGCAGUUCGCGUUGCCACAUCCAUUUGCGGACCAUGUCCUCCAUUCGGUAACGAGCUUAAAACUUCUGCGCAAGAACAAGUUGAAUUCAUGCUAGGAGAAGAUGAGGAUGCACCGUUGGUCACAGCUGAUGAUGAAGUAAAAUCAGUGUUGAGAAUGGGUCUAUUGCAGAUUUAUUCGACGUUUGAAAAGGAGUUGUCUGCCCUACUUUUGGAGCCCGACUUUGUAUCUGAUAGGGCAGAGGAGAAUAUAUUGCAUAGUUUAUCUGAUCUCGAGUGGAUGUGUAACAUACUCGGGAAGAUGGAUUUGAUGAAGGAUUUCGUAUCCAACUGGGCUGAAAGCUCGAGCAACGUUUUAGGAGUAGUCGAGGAUAAAAAACUUGAUUCUUUUAUGUGGGGUUUGAAAAUUAAGCUAAUAGAAGUAACUGCUAAAGUCUUGGAAGCAGUUGGCUAUGGCAAUGUGAUUCUUCCAACUCCAAUCCGCGUCUCGUUACUAAAGACAUGGCUGCCUUAUAUAAGGAAGAUGAAGCCCCUCUUGGAUUCAAAGGGUAGCGAGGGAACAGGUUUUCCAUACAAGAUGAGCGAAGACUUGUGCCAGAGCAUUGAAGGGGCCAUGGUGACAUUAGUGCUGGCAUUGCCUUCGAAUGAUCAAGCGGACAUUCUGGCGGACUGGAUGGGAGCCGAGCAGGUCAGGUAUCCAGACUUGAGCGAGGCGUUUGAGGUGUGGUGUUUUAGAACGAAGUCUGCAAAGAGAAGAUUAGUGGAGGGAUUGGAUGGGGCUGGCAAUGCAACUGUGAGCCUCUGAAUUUUGUUUUUGCUUUGGCCUCCUUAUGUGUUGUAAGAUUAAUAUUCUGUUGAAAUAGGAAGAAAGUUAAUUGGUCGUUGAUGUUAUAUUCUUGCAUUUUGACAUUAUUAAGCUCCUUUGAAGAAUUGAGCUUUAUAUCAAUAUAGUUUCCAAAUUCCAACC